ACCCUUGAGAGAGAUAGAUGUACCACAAGAUAGAGCCUUUGGAGAGAGAGAGAGAGCGCCCAUUGUAGUAUUUAUGUUCAGCAUGAAUCAAUGAAACAAAAAUUGGAAUGGUACAAAUAUCUAUCCUCUCUCUCUCUCUCUCUCAAAACUCAAAACUGGAAUCAUUGCAAUGGCUUAUCUCUCCACCCUCUCCAUCAAAUCUCUGCAACUUUCCCCCUCUCUCUCGAGAAAGAAACGUCCCCCACUGUCCAUAUCGACAAACCCAUCACACAUAAACCUUCUUCAUUUGAGAGACCUAUUGACCUCCACAGGCCAAGCCUGCGAUCUCUUUCCCCAAUUCAUGGAGGAUGGCUCUGUAAAACCAGUUGAUAUCAAGAAAUUGGGGCUCGCUGUAAAGCACAGCUCUGUUCUUGUAUCAGUUUUUGUCAAAAAUAGCAACUUUUUGGAUGAAAUUGAAAACCCUAAUUUUUCAGAGAGGUUUUGGUUUGGAGGUGGGUUUCCAUUUUGGGGCUGGAAUGGACGGCUGGUGGGCUUUGGGAGAGCAGUUUCAGAUGUUGGAUUAACGGCCUCGAUUCACGAUGUUGCGGUCUUCCCUUCACUGCAGGGGUUGGGAAUUGGAAGAAUGAUUAUAAAUAGAAUCAUCAGGGUGCUUACUAGUAGAGACAUAUACGAUAUAUCUACCCUUUGCUCAGAGAAAGAGAGGUUAUUCUUUGAAUCAUGUGGAUUUGGUAAGGAUGUGUUGGAGUCAACAACAAUGAUUUAUUGCAGGACUGGCAAUGAAGAGGAAGAGGAAGUAGGAUGGAUCCACUCCGACCGUAAAUACAUCACCAAGAUCGAUGGCAUCGGCGACACGCACCCGGUUUGGAACACCAAGUUUACGGCUCUGAUCGACUCGUCAGAAUCCGACCCAAAUGCUUUGAUGCUCAACGUUGAAGUUUACACUAGGGACCCUUUUUUCCUCACUGAGAAGUUGCAUGGUUCUGCUAGUGUGCCACUCAAAGAAUUCUUUGCCAAAUACUUAGCAAAAAUUAAUGAGGAUCAUGAGAAUAUUGGCUUCGAGGUUUUCGAGGUCGGGAGUUUUCAGCUUCGGAAACGAGGGUCGGAUAAGCCAAAGGGCUUCAUCGAUGUUUCGAUAAGGAUUUCUGAUGAGAAAGAUCAGGGGUUUGGUGAUAGAGGUGAAGAUGAACCCAUGGCAGCCUAUCCAGCUCCAGUAAACCAGCCAAUAAAUUAUCCACCCUCCAAUUUCCCCUAUAAUCCCCCACCAAACUUGCCUCAAAGCUUUACAAAUCCAAGACCACCACCUCCAAAUUUAGGGUAUUUUCCUAACUCAAAUGGUUUGCCUCCAAGGCCGCCACCACCAAAUUUAGAGUACUAUCCUAACCCAAAUGGCUUGCCUGAAAAUUACAUACCCCUUCCUUCUCAUACGCAAGGAGGGCUGCGACCCGGCUUUGGCAUGGGAAUUGGGGCAGGGGCUUUGGCUGGAGGAGUGAUUUCCAGCAAUGACCUAUUGCCGGAUAUGAAUUUUCCGACAAAUUUGCAUGGUGGGAGUCUCACCAUUUCUGGCAAUUCUUUCUUCUGAUCCAUGUUGUCUUAUAGCAAAGUUGGAGAGAGAGAGAGAGAGAGUUCCAGUUAAAAUGUGUUUGGCUUUGCUGGAGUUUCUGAGUUUUUGAUGAUGUAGCAAGUUUAUAAGAUGGUCGCUGAUAUUGGAAGGGAAAAUGUAAAGAGUACAAUUUCUGUUCUGUUCU